AGGCGCGCUAGCAGAUGUCAGAGCGGGCUGAUCAUGGCUCUGUCGAGAGCACUGAGAUGUUGUCAGAGGAUUUUCUCCUGGAUUCCCGUCAUCAUCAUCUCAUCUGUGGUCCUCUGGUCUUAUUACGCCUAUGUCUUUGAGCUGUGCUUCGUUACUCUCAGUAAUCAUCUGGAGAGGGUGGCCUAUUUGUUGAUAUUCCAUGUUUGCUUUAUCAUGUUCUGGUGGACCUAUUGGAAGGCCAUCUUUACUUCACCAUCUACACCGUCUAAAAAGUUCCAGUUAUCAUACACUGAUAAAGAAAGAUAUGAGAUGGAAGAGAGACCGGAUGUUCAGAAGCAGAUCCUCAUGGAUAUUGCCAAGAAACUUCCCAUCUUCACGCGCGCUCAGUCUGGAGCUAUCAGGUUCUGUGAUCGUUGUCAGGUGAUAAAGCCAGACCGCUGUCACCACUGCUCCGUGUGUGAAACAUGUGUUUUGAAAAUGGAUCAUCAUUGUCCGUGGGUAAAUAACUGUGUUGGAUUCUCCAACUAUAAGUUCUUUCUGCUGUUCCUGUCUUACUCCAUGAUCUACUGCAUCUUCAUCGCAUCAACAGUGUUUCAGUACUUCCUCAAGUUCUGGGUGGGAGAUCUGCCCAAUGGCUCCGCGAAAUUCCACGUGCUCUUCCUGUUGUUUGUGGCUCUCAUGUUUUUCGUCAGUCUUAUGUUCCUGUUUGGCUACCACUGCUGGUUGGUGGCUAAAAACAGAUCGACGCUAGAGGCGUUUUCGGCACCAGUGUUUCAGAACGGGCCUGACAGGAAUGGCUUUCACGUUGGGCUCAGCAGAAACCUCCAGCAGGUGUUUGGGGAGGAUAAAAAGCUCUGGUUCAUUCCUGUGUUCACAAGUCAGGGUGAUGGGCACUAUUUCCCGCUGAGGACCCUGCGAGAAUCCGAGAAUCCUCUAUUGGCCAAUGAGGAGAAAUGGUUAGAGGACGGUGGAUCAGAUGAGGAAAGUGCAGAUGAAAAUGGACCUUCAGUCAUUAUUAGGACUGAAUCAUAAUCACUGGAGUGGACGAACCCUUGUGGGACCCUUAACUGACUUUAGCAUCAAGAGUGGUUUAAGAAAGCACCAAAUGUUGAAUGAGACGACUGCUGUCCAAACCCUGGACCAUGCCAGAAAAGCAGGUUUUUAGAGAGCCAAAUAUAUCGGGAAUAGUGAGGACUUUUCUUGUUAUGCUGAUUAUCCUAGAACUUAUCAUGCUGAAUGUUAUCAAGUAUAUUUCUCAUCUUUUAUGAAACGGAGCGCCACAGGACAAUCACUGGCAUUUUCCCAGCUCAUAGACCUGUUGGACUGUUUAUGAUGACAACAUACGGACACAUCUCUGAUCAAAUCUAUCAGCACCCAUUUGGAGGUAUUUCUAGGAUGUUUUGUUCUUGAUCAUAUUCCACCCAAACAUAUAUCAAACGUGCGGGAAAAAAAACAAAACUUAAGUUGUUUAAACUGUGAAGUAUUUAAACAUUUGGGGAGUAUUUCUCAUCCUGUCUUUAAUUUAUGCUGAUUUUAAUUCAAAGCAUUGUAUUACAAUAAACAAAGUCUGUAUAGCAAUAAUGAGCAUAAUAUGGCUUACAGCAAAUCUUAAAAUGAAAAUGAUGCAUUACAAUAAUGAAAGCAAAAUAGGUUUCUUAGUUAUUUAUGCACAAUAUCAUUCCUCGAAUUUCCUUUUUCUUUUCAUUUGGUGUGAAAUGUGAUCUAGAAAUGUUUUAUGAUAUUCACCCAAUGGUGCAAACCUUUGGUGUGUGUGUGUGUGUGUGUGUUGCCACCAUCUAUAUGAGUUUCCAUAUUCAGUUGGUAAGAAAUCAAUCCUAUGCAUUUAUCCACUGUAUCCUUAGGCUAGCAUUUUUUAUGACGCUUUUUUAACCCUGAAUGCCGACUGCUUUCCUGUGGUCAGUAGAGCAGUCUGGAUUCGCCUCAUUCCUUUUGCAUUGUGAUGCAGUGUAAACACAUUUUGAUACCUCUGUCUGUAUAUAUUUAGGAAGAGACUGCUGAGGUCAGUGUUCAUUAGGACUUCUAGCAUGUAUGUGUAUUACCAGGCUGUUUUCAGACUAUGGGACUGCCUUGUGAGGUGAUGGUGAAGUAAUUACCUUGUUUUCCUCUAGUACAAAAAGAUAUGGGAUAGCAGUGUGGUAUUGUACGUGAGCGAGUAAUCCUUUUGAAUUUUGUCCUCUUUUGAAAGUUUGAGUCCGUUUGUGUGUCCCUUUUCAGAUACUGUAAUUAUAUACAUAAAUAAUAAUUGGUAUACCCAAUUAUAUGGUUCUCUCUUACGAGGAUCCAUAUUAGCCAAUGCUUAUUGUUGUUUUUUUGCACUGACCCUAAUUUUGGGGUGAUUAUUGCUUCCUUUGACUGUGUAUGUGCUCAAACACUUUUACUGGACUUUCACUACAUGUUCAAGUCAUUACAUGCCAAUGUUUUUCCAAUGGUACAAAAUAUGUAUUGUUUGAAAGUUAUGUUGGCUCAUUAAAUAUCAACAAUCUUUA